CGAAAGAGCCAGCAUUUUCGUACCGGCGCAUUGAACGCAAGACGAUAUCUCUGACCUCGCGUCAUCACCCUUCCCAAUCCGCGGUUGAUGGUCCAACAUGCCGGCCCUGUUGGAGGACCCAGAGUCGGCCGUGAUUUAUCGGCAAUCUGGGCAGGGCCCGUAUCCGACCCCAGAUAAUCCGCAAAUUCCAUCCUCCAUAUUCCCAAGGCCUGUCACACUUCGGGAUCGCGUUACUAUUGCUACCUUAGUCCCCUUCUUCUCACCAGAGGCCGUACCCAAGAGCCUCUUGGCUUACCUUUCGGAAAACCUGAACAAGGAGAUCGAAAGCGGAGAUACUUAUCCGAUGAUCAAUCCUCUGCCACUGGAAACUUUCGGACCGUACUGGUUUGGUAAUUUCGGAGCGGUCAUGAUCCUGGGAGAUAUUGGUGGUAUCGAAGGCGUCCAGGAGUUAGAUCGCAAUGGUGCCGACUGGAAUAAAAUCUGCCUCGGAAGUUUUUAUGUCAAGCCCAACUAUCCUGGUCGCAGCAGCCAUGUUUGCAAUGGUGGGUUCUUGGUGACUCCAGCCGCUCGAAACAAGGGCGUAGGGAAAUCAAUGGGACAGUGCUAUCUGGACUGGGCACCUCAACUGGGCUACACAUAUUCCGUCUUCAACUUGGUUUACGAAUCCAACACUGCUUCUACCAGGAUAUGGGAUUCUCUUGGCUUCAAACGGAUUGGCAGAGUACCCGGUUGCGGUCACCUGCAGUCGUCUAUUGAGCCCGUUGACGCGAUCAUCUACGGAAAGGACUUGAAGGCCGACGGCGAGAAUGACCAAUCAGAGGAGCGGUUUGACAAAAUCCGAUACUAUUUGAGACAUCUUUUAUACCCGCAAGGCGCCGACAGAUCCGAGAAAAGCCGACUAAGGAGUGCCGCUACACACUACAAAUUGGUGGGAGGUGAAGAUGGAGUCCCCGAGAAGUUGUUUUUGAAGGACAAGGAGGUGAUAUCGGACCCGCAGGCGCAAUAUGAAAUCGCAAAACAGAUCCAUCUUCAAGCGCAUGGAGGAAUCAACAAGACCACUGCCAUCAUAGCCACCAAAUACCACUGGAUCCGGAUAAAGGAGACUGUCAGCCACGUGAUCAAGAAUUGUCCCGACUGCAAGGACGUGAACAAACCUCCUCUCCUACGGACCGAAAACAGAGGCCGAAGCAAGACCAUCGAUGAAGCUCCGGCGACGUUACCAGCGGAGGCGGCGCCACCACCGCCUCCUGCUCCUCCGUCUGCUCAGCCUCCCACCGAAGUGCCAACGGCGCCACAGGAGGAUCUCACUACCAACCACAUAUCUAACCACGACUUCGCAUCGAUGCAGCAACCGAUGGAUCUGGGUAACGACCAUCUCAAUGAUCCGAACGGCCACCUUGAUGCACAUCUGAACCCUGAUUUACAUUUACAUCCCGACACACAUUUGAACCCUGAUGCGCAUUUACAUCCCGAUACACAUUUGAACCCCUACGAUGACAUGGCAAUUGACCCGCAGAUCAUGGAGCAAAUUCAGGCAAUGGCUUCUGAAUACGAUCAAAAUCCUCACGCGUUUGUUCAAGCUGGGCUGGCACAAUUCGACGCUCCACAUUUACAGCCACAUGACCCGCACGACUUCAAUCAUCAGCCCCCAGAACAUCAGUUCAUGAAUGACACGAACGGUGGUAUGAUGACACACGACCAUGUCAUGGAUGAGACUGGCGCAGGGACAGGACUGAGCAAUAUGCAACCCAUUCAGCACGUAUUGCCCAUGGAUUACCUCGAUGCUUCGAACAAUCAGCAGUAUAAACUUGAGCAAUGAAUAUGAGGCAGGCGUUCGGGACCGGAUCGGAGUACAAAGGAACACUACGAAUCGAGGUUAUGGGUGACCUCUGGAGCAAUUUCACGACAUUCUCUUCGACAUGAACAUACAUUUAAGAAGAGGCUAUUUUUUGUGUGACGGCAGGUGUCACUGGAGAUGAAGCCAUUCCAGAGUGAACAUUGUAUGACCUUGAUGAUAGACAGUGUUAGACAAAAGGGAGCCAAUGCGCGCCGAAACCAUGCUCAGCAACGGGCUUAUUGGCUUCACGAGUUGAAAUGCAGACAGCUUUGAUACAGCGAGAAGACAUUGUAGUUGAAGUUGUUCCAGCAUCAGCCAGUAUGCAUAAAGGCACGAAGCGUG